AUGGCCUAUCGCGGCGCCUGCGCGGUCGCAGCCUGCAGUUCGCCCUUAGGACAGACGCCUGUCGCACCUUGACUCCCGCUGUCCGCUCGAGCCGGUCUGUGCUCAGUGUCUUGUGCACAUCCUUGCAAGCGACGGCGCCAUGAGUAUGACUUCCAGCGUACGAGUUGAAUGGAUUGCAGCGGUUACCAUUGCUGCUGGGACAGCUGCAGUUGGUUAUCUAGCUUACAAAAGAUUUUAUGUCAAAGAUCAUCGCAACAAAUCUAUGGUAAACCCUCACAUCCAGAAAGACAACCCCAAGGUAGUACACGCUUUUGACAUGGAGGAUUUGGGAGAUAAAGCUGUGUACUGCCGUUGUUGGAGGUCCAAGAAGUUCCCACUCUGUGAUGGCUCUCACACAAAACACAAUGAAGAAACUGGAGACAACGUGGGACCUCUGAUCAUUAAGAAAAAAGACACUUAAAUGGACACUUUUGAUGCUGCAGACCAACCUGUCAUGAUGUUUCCUGAUCGUUUAAUUAGAAUGAGUACCACUUGUGUCUAAUUCACCUCCCCUGGGUUCUAGAUGUGGUAUAUUGCAAACUACAGCUUUCAUAUUCACGGCAUUUGCCUUACUUGUUGAACCAUCGUGGUGCACAUUUGUUGAAACAAAAAAAACAAGGAAAAAGGAAAAUCCAAUCUCAUGGACUGUGGGUUAUUUUGGUCUUGUAAGGAUCCAUUUCUUUACAUUUAAAAAUGGCAUUACAAUAUAGUUGUAUGGCGAAGUUAACGUAUUAAAUUAUUCUCAAAAUCA